GAAAGCCACUCAGUCAGGGGCAUUUCUGAUAUUACCCCAAAAAUCACAGUUUUUUAUCAGUUGGUAAAGACUAGAGAGUAGAGAGUAAAGAGCGAACUGUGAGAGCAGAGCACUGUGUAACCCACGCGCCCCUCUUGCGCUUCCACCAACUCUACUCUCCGGCGAUAACUCGGAUCAGAUGGAUGAAGUUUCUCUUAACAGUGAGCCAGUUGGUGAUGAUGACGCUGAUGGAUUUGAGAUAGAAGGAGAUUGUGCAAUGACAGAAUAUGUCGGUCAAGCUGGAAUAAUUCAAGGAGAGAAUCCCCUUCCUCCUGCUGUUGGGAUGGAGUUUGAGUCUUACGAGGAUGUGUAUUACUUUUACAAUUGUUAUGCCAAGGAUCAAGGAUUUGGGGUUAGAGUAAGCAAUACAUGGUAUAGAAAGAGUAAGGAAAGAUACAGAGGAAAACUUAGCUGCAGUAGUGCAGGUUUUAAAAAGAAAAGUGAAGCAAACCGCCCGAGGCCAGAAACAAGAACUGGUUGUCCAGCAAUGAUAAAGUUCAGAUUGAUGGACUCCAAAAGGUGGAGAAUUAUUGAAGUGGAGGUUGAGCACAACCACUUGAUCAGCCCAAAAAGUGGAAAAUUUUAUAAAUCUCAUAAGCACCUGGGUGUUGGAACCAAAAGAGCAUUGCAGUUAGAAAGUGCUGAAGAAGCACAAAAAAUUAGGCUUUUUCGGACAGUGGUUAUUGAUGCUGAGGAUAAUGAAAGUCUGGAUGUUGAUGAAGGAGUAUUUGGGAAUAAUGUUGACUUCUGCAAUCAAUUGAAGCUCAAAGUAGGAGAUGCUCAAGCAGUACUUAAUUACUUCACCCACAUGCAAUUAAUUAAUCCGAACUUCUUUUAUGUGGUGGAUCUCAAUGAGAAAGGAUGUUUGCGGAAUUUGUUCUGGACAGAUGCAAGAGCCAGGGUUGCAUAUGGCUAUUUUGGUGAUGUAGUUGCAAUUGACACUACCUGCUUGACAAAUAAAUACGAGGUUCCCCUGGUUUCUUUUGUUGGAAUGAAUCACCAUGGACAAUCUGUGCUGUUGGGUUGUGGUUUACUUGUGGGUGAGACCAUUGAAUCAUAUACGUGGUUGUUCAGGGCAUGGCUUACAUGUAUGUUAGGACGCCCCCCACAAGCUAUUAUUACUGACCAGUGUUCAACUUUACAAACGGCUGUUGCUGAUGUUUUCCCAAGAGCUUCUCAUUGCCUGUGCUUAUCACAUAUCAUGCAGAAAAUUCCAGAAAAACUAGAAGGAUUGUAUGAAUAUGAAGCAAUUAUAGCAGCAUUGAAUAGAGCAGUUUAUCAUUCACUGAGGUCCGAGGAAUUUGAAGCAGCCUGGGAAGAUAUGAUGCAGCAUCAUGGACUGAGGGAUCAGAAAUGGCUUCAAGUAUUAUAUGAAGAUCGGAAACGGUGGGUUCCAGUUUAUUUGAAGGACACGUUUUUGGCUGGAAUGUUUCCAAUCCAUCCAAGUGAUGUUGUAUCUUCAUUCUUUGAAGGAUAUCUUGACAAACAGACUCCUUUGAAAGAGUUUUUAGAUAAGUAUGAUCAGGCUCUGCAGACAAAGCAUCACCUUGAAGAGUUAGCAGAUAUGAAUUCAAGAAAUUCAACUUAUAUGCUAAAAUCAGGAAGUUAUUUUGAGUUGCAGCUCUCAAAAUUGUACACAAAUGAUGUAUUAGAGAUGUUCAAAAGGGAGAUGGAGGGGAUGUACUCUUGUUUUAGCACUAGACAAUUAAAUGCUGAUGGGCCAAUCUUUACAUACAUUGUCAAGGAUCAAGUUGAAGUAGAGAGAAACAGGAGGGAGGCAAGGGAUUAUGAGGUCUUCUAUAAUGCAACUGAAAUGGAGGUCCUUUGUAUUUGUGGUUUAUUCAAUUUUAAAGGUUAUUUAUGCAGGCAUGCACUUUCUGUCCUUAACCAAAAUGGCAUGGAGGAGAUCCCACCUCAAUACAUUCUAUCACGGUGGAGAAAGGAUAUACCGCGCAAUUAUGUUCUUGAUCACAGCUCCAAUGGUAUUGAUGCUAAUAAUCCAGUUCAUAGGUUUGAUCAUCUGUACAAAUGUGUAGUGCAGGUUGUGGAGGAAGGGAGGAAGUCACAAGACCGUUACAAGUUCGCAUUACAAGCAUUGGAUCAGAUAUUAAACAAGCUUCAUCUUGUGGACAAGCCGUCGAUGUAGUUUAUAAGAUCAAAGUUCCCCAUUUAUGUAACUUGAAGUAUGUACAUAUUUUUUAUGUAACUUGAUCUCUUUUGUUUUUAACUUCAUUAAUCACAGGAGGAAACAUGUACAAAAUGUUCAAAAAUCCAUCAGACAAUGAGGCAAACUCCCCUUUUCUGUGUCAAAUUUGGGGACUCA